AUGCGGGGCUGCAAAAGCAGCCCAGAGAGAUCCAAGCAGGAAAGAGCCCCCCUGUGCCAGGAAGGCGGCCGGAGAUCCAGGGGGAAGAGUUUCAGCCAGAGAUCCAACCUGAUCCAGCACCAGAGGAUCCACACUGGGGAACAGCCCUAUGAGUGUGGGAAGUGUGGGAAGAGCUUCAGCCAAAGCUCCAGCUUCCUCAGUCACCACAAGAUCCACAGUGGGGCAAAGCCCUACGAGUGUGGGGAAUGUGGGAAGAGCUUCAGGUGGAGCUCCCACCUGAGGGAGCACCAGAACAUCCACACUGGGGAACGGCCACAUGAGUGUGGGGAAUGUAGGAAGCGCUUCAGCUGGAGGUCCAGCCUCAUCAAUCACUUCAAGGUCCAUACGGGGAAACGGCCCUAUGCGUGUGGGGAGUGUGGGAAGGGCUUCAGAACGAGCACCCUCCUUAUCCGCCACCAGUUUAUUCACACUGGGGAACGCCCCUACGAGUGUGGGGAAUGUGGGAAGAGCUUCAGCCGGAACUUCAACCUGAGGGAACACCAGCGCAUCCACACUGGGGAGAGGCCCUACGAGUGUCCCAAAUGUGAGAAGAGAUUUCGGAGGAGCUGCGAUCUCCUUGUACAUCAGCGAAUUCACACAGAGGAGAAGCCCUUCUGCUGCCCUGACUGCGGGAAGGGCUUCAAGCAAAACUUCGCCCUUGUCCUACACCAGCGUAUCCACACCGGGGAGAGGCCCUACGAGUGUCCUGAGUGUGGGAAGAGGUUUGUGAGGAGCUCGGAUCUCAACAAACAUCAGCCAAUACACACAGGGGAGAGGCCCUUCCGCUGCCCCGACUGCGGGAAGGGCUUCAACGACAGCUCCAACCUCGUCAGGCACAGGCGCAUCCACACCGGGGAGAGGCCCCACCUGAUCCACCACCAGGUGAUCCACACCGGGGAACGGCCCUACGAGUGUGGGGAAUGUGGGAAGAGCUUCAGCCACAGCUCCAACCUCAUCAAUCACCGCAUGAUCCACACGGGGGAAGGGCCCUACCCCUGCUCAGAAUGUGGGAAGAGCUUCAGCCGUAAUUCCCACCUCAGGGUACAUCAGCGCAUCCACUCUGGGGAGAGGCCCUACAAGUGUCCUGAGUGUGGAAAGACGUUUCAGAGCACCACAGCCCUCCUCAGACAUGAGCGCAUUCACACGGAUGAGAGGCCCUUCCGAUGCCCCGACUGUGGGAAGGGCUUCAAGCAAAACUCCACCCUCAUCAGGCACCGGCGCAUCCACACCAGGGAGAGGCCCUACGAGUGUCCCCAGUGUGGGAAGAGCUUCUCACAGAGCUUUAACUUGACCCAACACCAACAGAGGCACCGUGGGGAGAAGCCCCACAAGUGCUUGGAAUGUGGGAAGGGCUUCAGGUGGAACUCCAACCUGAGGGAACACCAGAGGAUCCACACUGGGGAGAAGCCCUACAAGUGUGGGGAAUGUGGGAAGGGCUUCACCAACAGCUCCCAGCUGAUCCAGCACCAGGUGGUUCACACCAGGGAACGGCCCUAUGGGUGUAGGGAAUGUGGGAAGAGCUUCAGCCAGAGCUCCAGCCUGUGGGCACACCGGCGCACCCACACUGGGGAGAGGCCCUACGAGUGUUCUGAGUGUGGGAAGAGGUUUCCAAGGAGCUCCUAUCUCAUCAGACACCAGAGCACUCACACGGAUGAGAGGCCUUUCCGCUGCCCUGAGUGUGGGAAGGGCUUCAAACGCAACGCCCACCUCAUCAUCCACCAGCGCACCCACACUGGGGAGAGGCCCUAUGAGUGUUCUGAGUGUGGGAAGAGCUUCUUCUGCAGCUCUCACUUGGCCGAACACCAACGGAGGCACCGCUAAGGGAAGCCCUGCGAGUGCCCCGAGUGCGGGAAGAGCUUCGUGCGCUGCUCCAGCUCCAUCCCCCGUGGGAGGAUC